AAAUAUUAUAUUUUCACUAUGAAUUGCACUUAUCAUACAAGAUAUCCAAUAUCCAUGAUAUGCAUUGCUAAUCACAAAUGUUAAAGGAAACUUUGUAUUGACUGCCUUUAUGAGCAUAAAAAUCAUUUAGAAUAAACUGCUCCUAUAGAUUAAUUUCAAGAUUAGGUAGUUAAGAAAUUAUAAAUGCACUAACUUGAUUAGACAUUUGAAUUAAGGGAAUAAGAAAUAAAUUUUAAAUUAAUGUUCUCUGAAACUGAACAAAUGAUAAAGAGCACUUUGGAAGAAUUAUAAGAUUCAAUAAAAUAAAUUUAUAGUAUGAUUGAGAUGGAAGAUAAAUCAUUCUUUAAUUUCCUAGAAGAAGAAAAAAGUCUAGCAGAAUUGCCGAUUGCUAACUUAGAAAAAUUAAUAAAUGUUGUAAAAAGACAAACUUUAGAUGACUGGAAAGAUGAGAAAAAAAUUUAUUUGAUGUAAUUAGAAUAGGGGUUGAAUUGGUGGAAUCAAGAAGUUAAGGCUUUUGGUUAAAAGUUAAUUACAGAAAUGAAAGGGAUUACAUCAUUAAUAAAGUAAAUAUAUGAAUCUAUAAAGUGACCUAAAAGUUAAAUAAAAGGGAUAAGUUUAUGAAUGGAAAGAUGAUAUAUAAUAAGUUUUAACUUAAACAAAAGACAUUGAUGAAUAAAUCUAUAGUGUUAUAAAUCAAAUAUUAAGAAAAGAGUAGACCACAGAUAGUUUAAAAUUUCUUUAACAAGGUUGUAGUUCAAAGCAUUACGAAUAAUAUAUAUCUGAAAUUGGAAAUUUAUCAUCUAUCGAAAAAUAAUCAUAAUUUUUUGCUGUAAAAAAUAAUAUUAAGCUUAUUGCUAAUGUUCUCACUAAUAUAGAGGAUCUUGACUUUAAUAAAAAGGACUAUUCCUCAGAUGAUUACUUAUAAAAAAGAAAAGACUUAAUAAAAAAUAUACAAAAAGAAGAAAAGAUUUUCAAAUUCUUAAAAUUUUUAGUUCUCUUUACAACUAUUGAAAAUAAAUUUAUAUAAUGUGGAUCUAAUUCACUAUAUUUAUUAGUCUAGCUGAAGGUCGAUCUAAAAGGAUAAUGUUUUGAAAAUAUAAAUAUUAAAAAUAUUUCUUUGACAGGAGCCAAUUUUGCGAAAUGUAAUUUGAGUGGAUCUAAUUUUGAAAAUGUAGACAUAAGCGGAAUAAAUUUAAAUGGAGCUUUGCUAGUAAAUUGUACCUGGAAAAAUUUAUAAAUUCAGGAAUUAUACAAAUUGGCUGGUCAUAGAGAUUAAGUUCGAUCGGUAUGCUUUUCUCCUAAUGGUGAAAUAUUAGCAUCUGGAAGUCAUGAUCGCUCUAUUCGCUUAUGGAAUGUUAAGAAAGGAGAAAUGAUGUGUUAAUUAAAUGGACAUAUUAAUUAUGUGCUAUCGGUAAGCUUCUCUUCUGAUAAUAGAAUAUUAGCAUCUGGUAGUGCAGAUAAUUCAAUACGUUUAUGGGAUGUGAUGACCCAAAAAUAAAAAUAAAAAUUAGAUGGCCAUAUUAAUCCUGUGCUUUCCGUAUGCUUUUCUCCUAAUGGUACCUCAUUAGUGUCUGGUAGCUCAGAUAACUCAAUUCGUUUAUGGGAUGUAAAAACUGGAAAAUAAAAAUUGAAAAUAGACGAUCGCACUCCAUAAGUGCACUCAGUAAUCUUUUCUCCUGAUGGUACUGAAUUAGCAUCUGCUAAUGCAGAUAACUCAAUACGAUUAUGGGACGUCAAGACAGGACAAUAAAAACAAAAAUUCGAUGGUCAUACUCAUUAAGUGUAAUCAGUAAGCUAUUCUCCUGAUGGUACCGUAUUAGCUUCUGGUAGUGCAGAUAACUCAAUACUUUUAUGGAAUGUUGAGACAGGGCACUAAAUAUAAAAAUUAGUUGGCCAUGCUCAUUGGAUUUAAUCAAUAAGCUUUUCUCCUGAUGGUACCUUAUUAGCUUCUGGCAGUGCAGAUAAUUCAAUAAUUUUAUGGGAUUUUAAGACAGGGAAAUAAAAAUAGAAAUUAGAAGGUCACACUAAUUGGGUUUAAACAGUUAGCUUUUCUCCUAAUGGUUCUAUAUUAGCUUCAGGUAGUUUGGAUAAGAAUAUCCGUUUAUGGGAUGUUAAGACAAAUUAAUAAAAAAAUGAGUUGGAAGGUCAUGAUGGAACCGUCUAUUCCGUUAGCUUCUAAUUUGUUGGAAAUUUAUUAGCAUCUGGCAGUGCAGAUAACUCAAUACGUUUAUGGGAUGUUAAGACGGGAAAAUUAAAAUUAAAAUUAGAUGGCCACACUAAUUAGGUUUAAUCAGUUAGCUUUUCUCCUAAUGGUUCUAUGUUAGUUUCUGGAAGUUGGGAUAAGUCUAUCCGUUUAUGGGAUGUUGAAACAGGUGAACAACAAUUAAAGUUGGAAGGCCAUGAUGGGACUAUUUAUUCAGUUUCUUUUUCACCUGAUGGUAGUAAGAUAGCAUCUGGCGGCUCUGAUACUUCUAUACGUAUAUGGCAGAUUAAGACAGGAAAAUAAAUAUUAUAAAUUCGUUAUCACAGUAAUUGCGUAAAUUCAGUAAGCUUCUCAACUGAUGGUACUAUGUUAGCAUCUGGCAGUGAUGAUAAGUCUAUCUGUUUAUGGGAUUUUAAUAAGAAUCAACAAAGGUUUAAAUUAGAUGGGCAUCGAAGAGAAGUUAUCUCAGUUUGCUUCUCCCCUAAUGGGAAUUUAUUAGCAUCUGGUGGUAAUGAUAACUCCAUCUAUUUAUGGGAUGUUAAGACAGGGCAGUAAAAAGCUGUUUUAAAUGGACAUACUAGUCAUAUUCAAUCAGUAUGCUUUUCUCCUGAUAAUAAUACAUUGGCAUCUGGUAGUAAUGAUUUUUCUAUACGUUUAUGGGAUGCUGAAAAUGGAAAAUAAAUACAUUAGUUAGAUGGUCAUACUAAUUAUGUCUAAUCUGUAUGCUUCUGUUCUGAUGGCACUUUAUUGGCAUCUGGUAGUAGGGAUAAUUCUAUUCGGCUUUGGAAUUUUAAAAAAGGGUAAGCACCAUGUUAUUAGAAAACUAUUUAUUCCGUUUCCUUCUCUUAUGAUUGUCUUACGGUAGCAUCUGGUGGUGAUGAUAAUUUCAUUCAUUUAUGGGAUGUUAAGACAGAAUAAUAAAAAGCAAAAUUAUAAGGACAUAGUAAAGCUAUCCAAUCAUUAUGCUUCUCUUCUGAUGGUACUACACUAGCAUCUGGUAGCGAUGAUAAGUCUAUCCGUUUGUGGAAUGUUAGGACAGGACAGCAAUAUGCUUAAUUUAAUGGUCAUAGUAAAUCUGUCUAUGCAGUAUGCUUCUCAGCUGAUGGUAUGAAAUUAGCUUCCGGUAGUGAUGAUACGUCUAUCCUUUUAUGGGAUAUUUAGACAGGAUAAUAACAAGUGAAGCUAGAAGGUCAUUGUUCUACUGUCUAUUCAGUAUGCUUCUCAGCUGAUGGUACUACACUAGCAUCUGGUAGUGAAGAUAAAUCUAUCCGUUUGUGGAAUGUUAGGACAGGACAGCAAUAUGCUUAAUUUAAUGGUCAUAGUAAAUCUGUCUAUGCAGUAUGCUUCUCAGCCGAUGGUACAUUAGCAUCAGGUAGUGUAGAUAAGUCAAUCUAUAUGUGGGAUGUUUAGACAGGAAAAAAAAAAUUCAAAUUAGAUAGUCAAAGCAAUGGAAUUCUUACAUUGUGCUUCUCACCUGAUUGCACUCUAUUAGCGUCUGGUGGUUAUGAUAAUUCCAUACAGAUAUGGAAAGUUAAUAAUGGAAAAUAAUAAACAAAAUUAAAUGGUCAUACAAAUUUUGUUAAUUCAAUCUGUUUCUCAACUGAUGGCACUACAUUAGCAUCUGGUAGUUAUGAUAACUCUAUUCGUUUAUGGGAUGUUAAAACUGGAUAAUAGAAAGCAAAGUUAUGUGAUAAUAGUUAAAUUGCUUAUUAAGUAAGCUUCUUGGAUGACCUUCAAACAUUAGAAAUAAGUUGUAAUGAUAAGUCAAUCAAUUUAUGGGAUGUUUAAAGAGGAGAUGCAAUUUAUCGAACUGAUAGACGCUAUUAAGAUAUCCGUUCCUAAUUAGAAAAAUCAAAAAGUUCCAAAAAUUCAAUUUUAAAGAGUAAUAUUUUUUGUUAUCAUAUUUAGCUACAAGUAAUUUUACAAUUCUUCUAAUAUCAAAAUAAAUAAUUUUUUAAGCAUAAGAAGCUCUAAUUCUUAAAGGAACAUUUUUGAACCAAUCAGGCAUUGAUUUAAGAACAUUAUUCUAAUAAAAAGGCUCCUAUAUUUUAGAAAACUAAACAUAAUCUAUAUAAUAGUAAAAUUGA